AUGGCGGAGGAGGAGCGGGCGCUGCUGGAUGGCGCCGAUGGCGCCGAUGGCGGCGGCGGCUCCCCGGGCCCUCCCCGUGCCCUGCCCGCCGCCUGCGACCCCCGCCGCCUCCCGCACCGCCUGCUCGUCCUGGCCCUCAUGUGCUUCCUGGGAUUCGGCAGCUACUUCUGCUACGACAACCCGGCCGCUCUGCAAACGCAGGUCCAGCGGGACAUGAAGGUGAACACAGCCCAGUUCAUGGCCCUCUAUGCCUGGUACUCGUGGCCCAACGUGGUGCUGUGCUUCUUUGGAGGCUUCCUGAUCGACAGGGUGUUUGGCAUCCGGCUGGGCACUGUGAUCUUCAGCGUCUUCGUGUGUGCGGGCCAGGUGGUUUUUGCUCUGGGAGCUCUGUUCAAUGCCUUCUGGCUGAUGGAAGUGGGCAGAUUCGUAUUUGGGAUCGGCGGCGAGUCCCUGGCCGUGGCCCAGAACACCUACGCCGUCAGCUGGUUCAAGGGCAAGGAGCUCAACCUGGUCUUUGGAUUGCAGCUCAGCAUGGCCAGGAUUGGGAGCACGGUGAACAUGAACAUUAUGGGAUGGAUCUACUCCAGAGUGCAGGAUCUCCUGGGCUAUGCUGGUCCCAGCACCCUCGGCCUGGCUCUGCUCAUAGGUGGGGUCACCUGUCUCUUCUCACUGAGCUGUGCUUUAAUCCUGGCUUACCUGGACAGGAGAGCAGAGAAGCUGCUCUGCAAAGAGCAGGGCAAGACAGGAGAAGUGAUCAAGCUGACAGAUGUGAAGGAUUUCUCCCUGUCCUUGUGGCUCAUCUUUGUCAUCUGUGUCUGUUACUACGCUGCAGUUUUCCCUUUCAUUGGCCUUGGGAAGGUUUUCUUCAUUGAAAAAUUCCGAUUUUCCCCUCAAGAGGCCAGUGCAAUUAACAGCAUCGUGUACAUCAUCUCAGCCCCCAUGUCCCCAGUGUUUGGCCUGCUGGUGGAUAAAGUUGGCAAGAACAUCAUCUGGGUGCUGUGUGCUGUGGUCACCACACUGGCCUCACACAUCAUGCUGGCCUUCACCUUCUGGAACCCCUGGAUAGCCAUGUGCCUGCUGGGCGUGGCCUAUUCCCUGCUGGCCUGUGCCCUGUGGCCCAUGGUGGCCUUCGUGGUCCCCGAGCACCAGCUGGGAACUGCCUAUGGCUUCAUGCAGUCCAUCCAGAACCUGGGCCUGGCCGUGAUUGCCAUAGCUGCUGGCAUGAUCCUGGACACCAGGGGGUACCUGUUCCUGGAGGUCUUCUUCAGUGCCUGUGUUUGCUUGUCCCUGCUCGCCGUGGUCAUGCUGUACUUUGUGAAUCACCUCACAGGUGGUGAUCUCAACUGGUCUGCAAGGAAAAGGGCAAAACUGCAAAAAGCAGCUGCUUCUGAUCUGUUUCAGGAUUUCAUAUCCUGCCUCCCGUGAGCCAGUAUUUGAGGCAGCAUUAUCCAGAAAGGAAAGUUGAGUAGCAAAGCCCCUCGCGGGUGGGAGCUGCAGCACCUCCCCAGCUGCCAGCAGCAGAGUUUAGGUUGCUCUGUAGCCCUCUGGAAGAUCCACUCGCCCCCGGGGGUUCCAGCACUGCCCCAGCUCCUGCUGUUCUGUCAAUGCCAAAAUCGCUUCUCCUGCCGGCCCGGGGCUGGCUGAGCUCUGCCCCCCGAGCUCCUGGAGCUCAGCUCAGCCCCCUGCUCACAGGCUGCAGCUUUCUGAGCAAACAGCAUUUCUGUGCUCUCACCCAGAGCUGCCAGAGCUCGCUGCUGCUGCUUCUGGCACUGUCUGAAUGCAAAAACCCCUUCUGCAAUGGAUUCACAGCUCUGGGGCUGUGUCCUGUCCACACAGUUCCACACAAUGCAGAAAGAGCCACAGAUGCUCAAAGGGACUUUUUUUUUUUUGUAGAUUUCUGAACUCUGAGACUGCUGAGCAGUCUUUUAUUGCCUUCUCGAUUCUCUUUGUAUUGGAAUGUUUAUUUUAGGUUGAAAGUUUGUUUAAUAGAUAGAAAAGUUGUUACAGAACUCCCUGAGCACGUUGUAAUCUGGGAAGAACCAAGAGGUUUCUCUUUCUACUGAAAUCUUGGAAUGAAAUAAAAGGAACCUGCAGAAA